CAAAUCUUCAAUUGCUCGAAUGAUAAAAAAGAAAGAUAAACAAUCAAUGGCCAAUGGACACUAAAACCUUUAAUUGUGAAUCAAAUACUAAAAAGUUGACCAAUAGAAUACGUUAUUCUCUUUAUCGUAUUAUCGGUUUACCUGCUGAAGAAAAUGUUACAAUUGAACUUCUCAAACAAUUAGAUUGGUUGGUUCGACUUUUAUGGUUCGAUAGUCGGAAACCAACCCAAUCGAUGAUAAUUAACAAUUUAUUCCGACUGGUCUCUGUAUUACUUAUUGUCCGACUUGCUUCAGUUCUCUUAUUUGGUGCAGCUGAUAAUCAGGUAAUUCUGUCUGACCCAAUCAUUGAUAUCGCUGAUCAUGAUAGUAUCUUGUUCACUCAAUUAAUCCUGCUAAUUACCAUGAUUUUGGCUCGUGAAUACAUUUUAAAUUGUGAAAUUAAAGGAAAUUACAAAGCAGUUUACAAAUACCUGGUCAUUGAUGCUGAUAGUUAUUCCCCUGGUUAUUUCAAAAUGAGCAUAAAAAAGUUUGGACGGUUCAAAAUUUAUUUCCAUAUUCUUAUUUACAAUUGUUUAAGAGCUAAUGUAUUCAUUGCUAUCUUGCUGCCAACGCUUGUGGUUAUAAUUAAGGUGCGAUAUUACCAAUUAUUCACAACGAUUCCAUUGAUUGUAUCUUCUUGCUUAUGGUCAAUAGCUGAAUGGGGCGUUUAUAGCAUUUCCUUUUGCGGACUUUGUGUUAGGGGAAUUCAUUUGAUCCUCUCAAGAUUUAUUUUACGUUUCCAAAUGGACAGUUUGAUCGAAACAAUUGGUUCUUACCUCGCACUGAAUAAAAACUCAUAUAGUAUGAAAAAGGUCAAUCAGAUGACAUGGAAAUGGCAAAAUGAAAUUGAUCUAUUAGGGAUUGAAACUAAAUAUAUAUCGUUAGUUUUUUUCGUCUACUGUUCAUUUAGUGCCGAUUUGUUGAUCUUUCUGGGACUAAUUAUCAAUAUCAUAUCGGAAGCUGUAGCAUUUGUGCUCGCUUUGGCUGGUAUUUUGUUGCUUAUUAUGUUGACCCUCGGCCUUUACCUUGCGGCAGAUUUGCACACAAUGGGUAUCAAGUUGUACGUUGAUUUGGCCAGUCUUUUGGCUCGAUCUCGAAUAAGAAUUGAUGAGAAACUUAAGAUGAUGGAAAUGAUGAAUCGAAUAGAUCAUCCUUCUAAUGGUGUUGCUGUUGGUGAUUUUUUCAUCAUUCGAAAGGAAACUUGUCCCUAUUUUCUCAUGGAAAAUGCAAGCAUGAUCAUGCUAUUGACUUGUAAUUUAGCUUCGUUCAUUGGGAUAUAAUGAUUACAAUCAACUGAUUAUUGGAAAUUUUUUAUGUGUUUAUGU